AUGAGCUCGCCUGAUUAUACAUGGGACGUUAUACCCACAUACUACUGGUGCUACGUCGAGGUUGGCGCAGGCAUAGUAUGCUCAUCUGUCCCAGCACUUCGGCCGUUGGCCAGUCGGUACAUGCGGUCCGUGUUGACGAGGAGCCGUGGUGCGGUCGUCGGGUCAGAAGAGAAUGCUCCAGAGAUGCCGUACUCGAGCGUCCUCAGCAUGAAUAGGAAACGCCGGGCUACGCGUGACGAGCUUCAUGAACUCAAUAUCCAAGAUGGUAUCUCGAUCUUACACAGCUCAAAACAGGAGGUAACCGUGGUUCGGGAUGACGAGGAAAGGCUUUGGCCCACCGGGGAGUCUCGCAAGGAGCUGGAGCUACAUCCGCAAUCUACGUACGCCUCAAGCAACGGUGCACUUGGGACGGAUGAUGGUAGUUCGAGCACUUUGGGUGUGGGUGGAGCGUUUGACAAGUAG